AUGCAAAAUAUUGGGUUAAAUUAAGUUAAAGAUAGAAUCCUUAUACUAAGUCCUAUAGUAUAAGGGCGACUUGAAAGUGAGUUAAAAACCUCAGACUUUUAAGUUUUGGAUAGAUUAGGCAAAGGAGCAUUUGGCAAAGUUUACAAAACAAAACUAUAAAAAACAGGAUAGAUUUUUGCAUUAAAAUAAAUGGAAAAAUAGCAAAUAUUGAAGUAAGGUAUGGUAAAGCAAAUCUAAACAGAGGUGAAAGUUAUGUAUAGCUUGGAUCAUCCUAAUAUAAUAAAACUAUAUAAUCAUUUUGAAGAAGAUGCCUAUAUUUAUUUAAUGAUUGAAUAUGCAUCAGGUGGUUAACUUUGGUAAAAACUAACAAAAGAAGGUAGAUUUGAUGAAAACACAGUUAAAAGAUAUAUGGCUGAUAUCAUCCUUGCUGUUGAAUAUUUACAUAGCUAAAACCCUCCAAUUAUUCAUCGUGAUAUAAAACCUGAAAAUUUAAUCUUAGAUGAAAACGGAAGAGUUAAAUUAGUAGAUUUUGGUUGGUCAAACUUUAAAAAUCGUCUGCGUAUGACUUACUGUGGAACUCUUGAUUAUCUUGCCCCAGAAAUGAUUUUAGAAUUAGGGCACGAUGAAAAGUUAGAUAUCUGGAGUCUCGGUGUUUUGAUUUUUGAAUUAAUCACAGGGAAAGCUCCAUUUGCUCCAAAGGUCGAGAAUGCUAACAUUGAUUAAAACCAAGCAAGGUAAAUAUUAGAAGACAAUAUAUUAAAAGUUAAACUUGACUAUCCAAACGACUUUCCUCAAUUAGCUAAAGAUUUAGUUAAUAAUUUAUGUAAAAAAGAACCUAAUUAGCGUAAAACACUUCCUGAAAUAAAAAAGCACCCAUGGUUUAUAAUUGAAAGCGAAGGUAAAAACAUUUUUGAAAUGGAACCUUGGAAUUAUAGACCUCUUGCAAGUUAAAAGUAUAAAUAUUGCUUAACACCAAAUUAAAUUAAUCCCCUUAAGCUUGAAGGAGGUUUUACACCAUAAUUUAUUGCCGAUUUUGCUACUCGCUUACAUUAGCCUUUAGUAAUGAAUAUCCUUCAACAAAUAGCUUAAAAAAGCUAGUAGAAUGGUAAUGCUAAUCCUUAACUUACAUAAAGUGGUUAAAGCUAAAAUAUGAAUGCAUCUUAAACUAGCUAAUAAAACUAAAGCAAUUAUGAGGAAGAAAUUUUAAAUCUCAAAAAGAAAAUUGCUUCUAGGGAAUAAGAAAAAUAAGACCUUGAAUCGUAAAAAAAAGAAUUGAUAGUAAAAUUAGAAGUGAAAGAAAGGGAAAAUACUAAGUUAAAAGAUGAAUUAGAUAAAUAUAAAUCAAUAGGGCAAGACUCAACUCCAACUGAGCAGAGAAGGUAGAUUCUUUAGAAUGAAGAAAUUGAAUAGCUUAAAAAAGAAAAAGAAGAACUUUAUGAGAAGUAAAAUGAGUAUGAAAAUUAAAUCAAAUAACUUUAAAGCGACUUAAAAAAAAUAUAAGAUUCAAGAAAGGAUUAUGAAAAAUAUAAAAUCGAAAAGUAAUAACUUAAUGAAAAAAUUAAAAAAUUUUAAGAAAGCAGAGAAUAAGACAAUUCAGAUUAUCUUGAAAAACUUCAAAGUAAAGAAUAAGAACUUAGUAUACUAUAAUUCAAGCUAAAUUAAUAUGAAAAAUCAAAAAGUGUUGGAGUCAGUGGAGUUAAUGGAGGAAUAAUUGAAUUAAUUAGGGAAAUGAAAUCUGUAAUUGAAGAAUUCAAAUCCAAAUUCGCUUAGACCAAAAAAAAUAUAGAAAUUGUAGAAAAGUAUUCUACCAUGGAAAGAGAGCUAAUGAAGCUAAAGCUAGAAAAGGAUACUCUUCAAUCAGAAUUAAAGGCCUAAAUCUAAGAAGAUUAUGAAGACUAGAUUGAAUAGCUUAAGCUAUCUCAUAAGCAAGAAGUUACUUCUCUUAAAGAUGAAUAUGAAAAAAAGGUGUCUGAUUUCUAAAAAAAAGUAGAACUUUUAUAAGAAGAGUAGUCUAAAAAAUCUUAAAAAGUUUAAGAAAACGAAUCAUUAAAAAAACAAAUAGAAUUAGCAAAUAGCACUAUAUAAGACCUUCGUAAAGAGUAAGAGUUAAGUAAAGAAGUUAGAAAAAACUUAGAAAGAAGACUCAAAGACUGUGAAAUUGAGAUAUAGGAUUACUAGUAAAUGUUAAGAAACUAUAAAAACAAUUCAAUAAAAAAAUGA